GCGGCAUCCCGCGGUUGCCCCGGCCGGUGAGGCGCCAAAACCCUACGACUACGGCCACUGACUUCCCGCGCGCGCCCCCCAUCGUCCCUGCUCGUUCCCCAUUCCCCAUCCCCUUCCCUGCGGCGGACCCAGCCGAAGCAGGCCCAACGUCCAGCGGCGGCGGCACCACCGGCGAAGUCCGAGGAGGCAGAUCGGCCUACUCCGAUGGCGUCGUGGCACGACGGCUUGGCGGCGCCGCCGCGCGUCCUCAUUUCCCCACGUCCUUCUGAUGCCAGCGCUCAAGGAAAUGUUCUGUCACUUCGCCAUCCAAGAUCAGGAGAUGAAACAGGGUAUCUGUUUAUCGAUGGUCAACUUCAAGAAAUCAAUUGGUUUAAGGAGCGUUACGGUGCUUGGUUCUUGGGCGACUAUGUUUGCGAAGAUGGUGGCCUCUAUUAUUGCACCCCUGUUGAUCCUAUCUUCAUUUUCCUACCAACUUUCGAAGCUGCACGUAUGUCGAACGGGAAGGAUCCAGGAAAAUUCAGACAACUGGAUGAAAUAUUGUAUGUUGAGGGAUAUCCUGGAUAUCAGCAGCUAAUGAGUGUAGUUGGUCACCAUAUGGAAUUGGUUUGUGAAGUAAAAGAAGUGGCUAACAUGAAGUUCUUUAGGCUGGAUGACUCCAAGGUCUUAUCUUGGUUGUGUUGUAAGGUAUACAACCUAAAAGAGGUCUUUCCCAAGUUGGGUAAAAAUUAUGCUGCUCAAGAAGAAAAGGAACAAUUGAAGGAGGCUGUCCAAAUGAUCCGUGAAUAUCUGAAGGACGAACCAUGGCUAACAUUGCUCUGCAAGAAGCUGCAGCUGGAUAUGAAUGAGAUCAUCAAAGAUACAACAACCAAAACUAGUGAAGCUUCAUUUUACGCAGACAGUUCUCCCGCACCUGCUUGCCCCUCUGAGAGUAAGGUGGCGAAUGGUAGUGCCAAGUCAAGCAAAGGGCGGGCGGCGAAGAAGCCAAAGACGGAGGUAGGAUCCAAGAACAUCAAAGACAUGUUCCGAAGGGUCACAAGGAGUGGAUCAGGAUCAUGAUGCCUCCCCUGUAACCUGGGUGUGACAGACGCCUCACGUGGCAAUUGAUCUCUUUGGAGCUGCGAAAUUAUCUCCAAAAUUGGAUUUGCUGACAUGUGAAAUCUAUGUCAGCUCAGCAACCCCUUGUGAAAUCUAUUUAUUUGAUCAAUUGAGGUCCAGAGUGACUUGUGCUGCUGAACGACUGGCGAUAGAUUGGCAUUGUAGCGUCCAUAUGAUGAUUCGGUAGUGGAGCAUGCUAGUGUACAACCCUCUGGGUUGUAUAAUGUAUUUGUAUCGCAAUUCUUUGUAAUGCGGGUGUUUUAUGAGUUAUCUGAACUGAUCUGUAAGCUUUUCAAUUGAAGGUGGACAGAGCUGACAUGUCCUCUGGAGCCUUUUGCCACUUUCCUUUGAGACUAAUUAUAGAUAAAUUGCCACUGUCUCUCCAGUUCAGC